GCACUUGUAAAAAAAAAAAAAAACCACGGGCAUUUGAAACAGGUGGCAGAUCCAGCAACAGUUCAAGCUGUCCGGAUCGUCACCCGCUACAAUAACAGGCUGCCAUCUGAGAAACGCUGAGACACAGUGCGCAGGCUCUCCCCGCGCGGUCCUCCAGCAUCCAACCCCAGAGCAACGCACAGUGGUCACUCGGCCAAGACGUUCCAGGUUUGCUUGUGGACAUGUAAACCUGAAGACAAUUCUGCAAAUCAAACAGAACGUGUAGAGUCGACAGGAAGAAAAAAAUCUCCCUGAGAAUCUCCCUUUUGGAACAUUAGUCAGUGGGGGAGCCGCUGCUUUGUGUCUCUCAUUUUUCCUCCGCUGAACUCUCCUCAGAAGGUUAGAGGAGCAUGUAACUGAAACGAGUGGAGCCCUCGGGGAUUUUAGCAUUCUGUCUCCCCCAUCUGUGCCCACAUUCUCUGCUACAGAUAGGGACGUUUUGAUAAUUACAUAUAAUUAUAAUUUCUGUGGGAGACAGAUCUGCCUCUGUCUAUUAUUGCCAACACCUCCAACAUAAUAACUUCACACAUUUACAUAUUUCUCAACAAAAGUGAUAUUCUCUGAACCUCGGAGACAAAUCGGUAAUAAUUUUACUUAGAGAGAAAUGUCACAUGGACAGGCGAUGUGCCAUUCAGUCCAUGUCUGAUGAGUUAUUUUGUGCCUAAAAGCUGAAUGCAGCGCAUUUAAAAUCCAUAACUUUAGCCUCAUUUUGCUAUGUGUAUCACAGGCUGUGAGUCGUUUCCUUGGUUUAGGCUUACUCCUAAUUUUCAGUUGUUACAGUCUUCUAGCACUUAAGAUGAGCCUGCCUCAUUAUCACCCCCAUUCCAAUCACAGUAAUAGUCAGUGCCAGGCGAAUACUAAUGCACAUUAAUCCGACCAUAGAAAAGAUUGAGAUAAAGUACAUGGUGUCUCUAUAGAUGUUAACAAGUGCCUAGAACAAGUUAACAUGGAUUCCCUGCUCCAGGGAAACUAGGCACCAUUAAUGGACAGUUUUCAUCUGUGGGGCAGUCUGUUAUUCCCAUUUGAUUGUUUACAAUGCCAAAAAGCACCAAAUAUAUGAAAAGAGUUACAGAUUUCAUACGUUUUUUUUGCAGAAAAUAAUUGCUUACAGCUUAAAUAAGUGCCAAUUCUGAAUGUAUGUAGUGCCGGACUGAAACAAUCAUCCAGGAAUGAACAAAACAGAUAAAACCGUUUACAUUUGACAAAGCACUGGCCAUAGACUAUUGUUCAAGUGCCACGAUCAGCACAGGAAUGUAUAGGACUGCCAUAUUUUAUUGAAAAUACUUGCUACUAAUUUCUAACGGGCUUUAUACUCACAAAAAACAAUUCAAUCGAGCAGAGCGUCAGAUACAUGUUCUUUUGUUCAGUGGGACAUGUAGAAUAAGACAUUAAGGACUAAAAGCAUGAAGAUUGCUGUUUUCAAUUUGUCCUUUUUACAAAGUUGCAUCCAUUUUACGGUUUUAGACUUGAGAGGUAGGUUUGGAGGGCAAAAGAUGGAGUCAUUACACAUUCAGACUUCCUGUCCAGCAUUAAAUUAAGACAAUUUUAAUUCCAUUAUUCACAGUUAUUGAAACCUGCAAGCUGAUUUUGAUAUAUAUUUUUUGUUUUAAUUUUUACUGUCCCUAGCCUUUUCUAUCAUUACAUCAUAUAAAUACUCAGCUUCUGACAAAACAAAAAACCUGGUUUGGAGUUUCAUCAUCCAACGUUUCUGAAUGAAACUACUGAUACAUCAUCAAUAUCCAGUAGGUUGUACAUGCUUCUUGAAUAUUUCACAUGCCAUUUUAGUGGGUUAAACUGCAAAAGCGGAUAAAGCAUUGUAACUGCAUUGACUCAACAACAGAAAAUAGAUCUCUUAGUCAUGUAAAAAUGACGCCCACCACCAAUCUCCGAGUCCUCGCUGUCUCCCUGCUCUCCCUUCUUACUGCCCCACUUACCACUGUUGUGGAGACCUCUCUGUCCCCCCCUCCUCAGCACAUAGACCCGUCAGGGAGGCCGUUCACAGAGGAGCCCAAGACUGGCCCCAGUCCCUCGCUCCUGCUCCUUGCCCUCCAGGCUAAUAUUAGGCCAGCUGCUCUCCAAGGCAGGACCAAAACCCCUGAGAAACUUCCAGAGACCUCAGAGGGAGUUCUGGAGACACCUCCGAGACCCCUGCCCCAGGUCAUGUUCCCCAAGAAUGUUACGUCAGCGGAGGCCCUGGCUCCUCCCUUAGGCGCAGCCCAGGUAGCGCCCAUUCGACCACGGCUGAUAGAUGUAUGGAUGGAUGUAUGUCGGGGGUAUUAUGACGUAAUGGGACAUUUUGACAGUGCUUUCAACUGCUCCAAGGACACCUUCAUCUAUUGCUGUGGAACCUGCCACUACCGCUUCUGCUGUCCAGAGCGUAGCCGGCAACUGGAGCAGGACAGCUGUAAAAACUAUGACUCUCCAGACUGGGCCAAGCCACAGACAGACGCCAUGAUUAUACCAGAUGAAUUAGGUCCUGACCCGGACUUUGAUCCACUGAAACAGCAGAGCCACAACACUGGCUUUGUCAUCGGUGGUGUGGUUGUGUUCAUGGUGGCUGUUGCCGUGGGCAUCAAGGUGGUCUUCAACAAGGUGCAACAGGAAGCCAACCAAAGGGACCUCAAUAUGCCUAGAGCCCUGGUUGAUAUGUUGCGGCACCAGUCGAGCCCAGUUCAACAGGAUGAGAGAAACAACAGCGUGACUCUGGCUGUGGGGGACGGACAAGGGACACUGGGGAGAGCUCCAAAAAAUCUUUAUGCCCCAGGACUGCCCAGCAAAGACAACAGAUUGGGCAAUUUGCAACACAAUUUCAUCCACUCAUCAGGCACCAGCCCCAAACACACUGCAACUAUCGAACGCACACCUCGAAUGAACAAUGCUCAGCUGGCAGCUGGAGGCACCCUGCUCUCCAGUAAACACAACAACACCAAAUCCCAGCCUGCCUUCCACCACUCCCUGCACAACCUGGCUCAGCUGCCUCCCUCCUAUGAGAGUGCCACCAAGCCUGAGCUCAACAGAUACUCCUCACUCAAACGCCUCGAGAAAGGUCUUGAUGAGUACUCGUCUGGUUACUGCACCACCAAGCGCCGGCCUCACACAGCCCAACCGGCCCUCCAGUCCUCUCAGCAUCACCUCCACUGGGGUGGAGACUACACCCUCAGUGGGAGAGGAACCCUCCCCAGGCAUGCAGCUCGUCCCUGGAUCCCACCACCGCCUUCUGGCAUGCCUGCUUCACCCACCCCCAAUCCUUACCCUCUGGAUCCCCCGGAGCCCCAGUACAACCCCAACUACGACACACUCUCCAAGCCCCCGAGGAAAGUCAAGUCCACUGACCAGCUGCUCAACAUGGGUGAUGUCCCUGGCAACACAGGGACUCUGUCCAGGCUAUCCAAGAACCAGCAACACCAGUACUACAAAGCCAUGGCUGCCUCCAAUAAGAACUCCAACACACAGACCCUCACCCGCAAGACCCAGGACAGGCAGGAGAGACAGGAACGGCUGCUCAUGUCACCGGACCAUUUGGAAGAGAGGAUGGGGGUUGGCGGGAUGGGCAUUGUGGAUCCCUACGCCCACACAGGAGGGAUUGUCCCCACGCUGCCUCGUCAGCAGAAGGCCCAGUCCCAGCAGAAUGUCUGCGCCACGCCCUCCCUCGAUCGGCACCACAUGAUCAAGAUGAACUCUCACCCCACGUCUGGACGAGAGCAGGAGAGGAACACGGCCAUGACAGGGCACAUGAGUGGGGGCAUGGGCUGGGCAGGGGAGAUGCCCGGGGCGGGAGUAGUCAUGGGAACGGGAACACUAGGGGGCCACAGUGCGAGGAGGAUGGCUUUUGCAGCAAAAAGGCAGAACACCAUUGAGCAGCUACAUUUCAUACCAGGAGGGGGCGGUGGGGGGUCAGGAGGAAGUGGAGGAGGCAGUCAGGGGAUCAGGACGGGGAGUAAAAAUGAGGUGACAGUGUGAGGUUUGUGCCUAAUGUAGAGUUUACCCCUCGUGUAUGGUAUGGGAAGAGAUCACCCUUCUGCAUUUAACUAUUAGAUAUACAACUACAAGAAAUAAAACUAGAAGUAUAAAGUAUAGUAAAAGUAUAACGUGUUUAGGCUAUUCAAAUUAGUGUUAUCUUGUAAUUAAAUAGCUUAAAUAUGAUUACUUAAUAAAACAUCUAGGUGGGGAAUAUCUGUUCCAAUUAUGUGAUAGCCUACAUCAGCCAUAUUUUGUAACAGAAUUUGCCAUAUUGCCAUAUACAGCGGUGCCAUUACUUGUAGAAAGACAGACUAGAAGGGUGAAAAGAAAACAACAGAAGUGUUGUUCAUAAUUUUGUUUUUAUAUAUGUGUUUUUGCAAAAAGUACUCAGGAGCCAUA